GUCGUAGCAGCGCGCGGUCUUCAACUGCCUGACGCGUCAUGGCCUCGUUUUUUGAUGUCAGCUCUAAGAGGAAAGAUAAAAAAGAAGAGGAAGAAGGCUACGGAGCAGUGUAUGCUAAGCUGGAUAAAUCUGUGGUUUUGCAAGAAGCCCGCCUGUUUAAUCAAACAACACUUAACCCAAGGAAAUGUGUGCACAUAUUGACUAAAAUUCUAGUGAUUUUGGAGCAGAGUGAAAAGUUGGGGAAGGUAGAAGCAACGGAUGCUUUUUUCGCGAUGACUAAGUUGUUUCAAUCCAAUGACCAAAAUCUUCGUCGCAUGCUGUACCUAGUAAUUAAAGAAUUGUCUGCUGUUGCUGAUGACGUGAUUAUUGUUACUAGCAGCUUAACUAAAGAUAUGACCGGCCCAGAAAUUGCUUUUCGAGGUCCUGCAAUUCGGGCGCUUUGCACUAUUACGGAUGCAGCGAUGGUCCAGAGUAUUGAACGCUACCUAAAACAGGCUGUAGUAGAUAAAUCUCCUGCAAUAGCAUCAUCUGUGUUGACGUCAGCAUAUAAGUUAAUGGAUGUUUGUCCGGAUAUAAUCAAAAGAUGGACGAAUGAAGUACAAGAAGCUGCAUCGGGCUCUCGUGUAAUGGUACAAUAUCAUGCUCUUGGUCUGUUGUAUUUAAUUCGUCAAUCUGAUCGUCUUGCUGUGACGAAAAUGAUUCAAAAGUUUACUCGGUCUACUUUGAGAUCCCCUUACGCUUAUUGUCUCAUGAUAAGGAUAGUAGCAAAGCAGUUGGACGAAGAUGGGCACUCGAAUAAUCCACAAUUAUAUGAGUUUUUGGAAUCAUCUCUUCGCCAUAAAUCGGAGAUGGUCAUAUAUGAAGCAGCUCGAGCAAUAAUUAGCCUCCGAAACUUAACAGCUAAAGAGUUAGCACCUGCUGUGGGUGUUUUACAACUGCUUUGUACGUCUUCCAAACCUGCAUUACGAUAUGCUGCUGUACAUACGUUAAAUGCUGUCGCCAGUAACCAUCCUGCAGCGGUAACUGCAUGUAAUCUCGAUCUUGAGCAACUAAUCGGUGAUCCUAAUAGAAGUAUUGCAACGCUUGCAAUAACAACUUUAUUAAAGACAGGUAACGAGUCGAAUGUUGAACGUUUGCUAAAACAUGUAUCUCCGUUCAUGAGUGAAAUAAGCGAUGAAUUUAAAAUAGUCGUAUUGGAAUCUAUCCAUGCUUUAGCAACAAAGUACCCCAAAAAGUAUACAGUGUUAUUAAACUUUUUAUCUGGACUUCUUCGUGAUUCGGCUGGAUACACUUUUAAAAAAGCAGUUGUGGUUGCUAUCGAAUCAAUUAUCAAACAAAUUCCAGAAGCCAAAAGUAUAGGUUUGUUACAAUUAUGUGACUUCAUAGAGGAUUGUGAACAUGUUAAACUAACACAGCGUAUACUCCAUCUGUUAGGACGGGAGGGACCCUACCUCAAACGUCCUCGUCAAUUUACGCGUUACAUUUACAAUAGAGUUAUGCUCGAAUCAGCUCCCAUUAAGUGCACAGCUACAACAGCUCUGGCGAGGUUUGCUGCACACAAUGAGGAAUUACUUCCGAGUAUUCUUGUACUUCUUAAACGAAUUAUGAUUGAUGAAGACGAUGAGGUUCGUGAUCGCGCAGCUUUCUACCACUAUAUUUUAUCACAUAACCAAGUAGUAUUAAAAUCUGCUUACCUUUUAAGUGAAGAAAUGCAUCUAAGUCCAUCUGGUUUAGAGCGUGCUUUGUUGGAUUAUGUGCACAACUCCCACGCAGUUGCUGGUAGUCCUUUCUCUUUGGCAACAGUCCCAAUAGCUGAUAUUGUUCAGCCAAAUGAUCUUAGUUCUGCCAUUGAAUCGGAUGUUGUAAAGAUUAAAGGUAAGCAAAACUGUCUUAUGCGUAUUAAUAAUGAUUCGAGGGAGUAUUCAAUAAAAAAUUAAUUUUGAAAUAAGUUCGUGGACAUCGUUUAAAAUAUUGUUACCGAGUUAAAGAUGAUGUCAUUUUAUAUGAGCUAUUUUUGCUGUGGGAGUUUUAUAUGUAUAAUUAUCGCCCAUCACAUCUUAUCUGUGCAAUGCUAUCCGGUAUUAGAAAUGGUUGGAAGAAAGUUAGGGGCGGCCAAACCAAAACGUGGCAUCAGUGCUUGAAGUCACUAACUUCUAGUCUGAGCCAUGUUGGUAGAUGCAGACUACUUGGUUGGGGUCCGCGUGACUAUCGUAAUCAAUGGUUGGAGACUCUUGGUGACAUGGCUCAGAAUCGAUCACAAUGGCGUCGGUGUAUACACUUUUUUUCUUCCCUUAAACUAAGAGAUUAAAAGCGCUUCAUAUCUUUCUUUCUACUAACCAAUUCUUUCUUCUUGUACUAUAUCUCUAUAUGCAAUCUUUCUCUUAUAUAUUACCACCUUUUACCUAACCACUGUUAUGAAUCCGGUGUUCAUCUUGUUGUGCUGAUGCGGUAUGGCAACCUGGACCGAUGCACAUAUGUGCCUGGUCCUACGUUGUAGCUGACUGACUGUUCUGUGAUCAACCUAAAAAUAUAUUUCCUUAAAAAUAAUAAAAACACUAAUAUAUCGCGAGCGGACAAAAUGUAUAAUAACUAGUAGUCUACUAUGAUUUUGAAAUAAUAAUCUCAUGGUAGAACUAAUUUGGUUUGUAUAAGUGAGUUACUCAAACAGUACAGCUAAACUAGAAAAGAUCACGGAUAGUCAGACGAAAAUAUGGCGGCACUCUUGAGACACUGGUCAUUGCUUUGAAGUAUAUGGAGAUUUGAAACCAUUGUCUUGAUUUACACACAAGUGUUCAGUGGUUCAGUAUCAGAUGAUAUAACUCGAAAUUAUUUGCUUUGAUGGAUGCACUCUCACUUAACAUUUCUCUGCUGCAAAAUACAUUGAUAUGUGUAGUCCGAGAUUACAAUCUUGUUUCUAGUUCGAUAUAUUCAUUUGUUUUUUUUCACAAUUAUCAGGACAAAGUACUUUAAUUUUUUCUCAAUAAAUUCUGAUGUUUUCAAGCUAAAUCUAAUACGAUGGCUGGUGAAGGUCGAAACGCAUCACUUACUUCUCAGAUGUCAGGGAAACGUAUUCAAGAUUCAUUUGCUGAACAGCUGGCAUCUAUACCCGAAUUUUCUGGUCUUGGCUCCAUAUUUAAAUCUUCUUCUUUAGUAGAAUUAACUGAAUCUGACACUGAAUAUGUAGUAACAUGCAUAAAACAUUUAUUCACAAGGCAUUUAGUCUUACAGGUGAGUCAGAUUUCCAAACAUUUAUUAGCAAGCAUGAAGCACGUUUUACACGUAAACACAAUUGGUUCUGAGUAUUGAGUUAUUUUUCGUCAAUUUAAUUAUUGAAGCUUAUAUAGUUCGACAAUACAGAUAUAGUUUCGUUUGAUCCAGAAAACAGUAAUGAUGAGUCAAUGAACCACAUUCGCGUUUUGUUUGCCUGCUAGCUCUUAAUAUCUCAUUACAUUUCCUUAAGACCACGAUUCUAGGCCCUAUAUAUACAAGAUUUAGACCACUGCUGCUAUAUAAACAGUCCGGAUUCACCUUUUCUUAGUCUUAUCACAUCGAACUAUAGAUUGUCAAGUAAUUCAAUACCAUAUAGAAGUGAGUAACUUUCUGUUUAUUCUCUGCUCGCUCUAAUUUCAUUCAAUCAUUUGUUUUAGUUUGAUUGUGUCAAUACAAUGGCAGACCAAGUUUUGGAGAAUGUCUAUGUUUCGUGUGAGCCGGACGAUCCCAUGUUUAAUAUUGUCUGCACAGUACCUUGCAAAAGCUUAAAAUAUAAUUCUCCCGCUGUGACAUAUGUUCUGGUUGAGUUGCCGGAGGACCUAGAAUGUCAUUCUGCUACAUUUAUCAACACAUUGAAAUUUACUAUCAAAGAUAUUGACUCUGAUCCUUCGGAUCCUGGUUUGCCAGACGAAUAUCAAUUGGAAGACCUGGUCCUAGGUAUUUCAGACCAUAUUCAACGUGUUUCGAAACAAAACUUUACAUUGGCUUGGCAGGAACUCAGUCCUGAAACUGAAGUAGAGGAAACGUAUAUGCUGGUGAAGCACAAGACUAUUAAAGAAACGAUGCGUCAAAUUAUCGAACACCUUGGACUUCAGCCUUGUGAUCAAACUGAUCAUAUGCCUCAUGAAGGAAAGUCAUCUCAUCAGCUCCUUCUGUCCGGAGUAUAUCGUGGUGGGUACCAAGUUUUGGCCUUAUGUAAACUUGCUAAAGUAUUGUCUGAUGCAUCCCUUCAUUCAAACGAACAGGGUAUAACUUUCCAAAUCACAGUACGUUCAUCUGAUCCCGUUGUUAGCCGAAUAAUAGCUGAUGCCAUCGGUUGAGUUGUCAUACUGAAAGGCUUCCUUAUUACUAUAUGACAUAUCCUACUUAUGUAUUGUAUUAAUUCUUUGUUUCUUACAUUGGACUAUUGGUAAUCACUUUGUUUACAAAUUUAAUCAAACUACAAGGUUGUUGCUAACACCACUCGUUGAAUAGCUGUGAUUUUUUUCUUGUUAAUAAAUCUUUAUUUUGAAAUCUCCGAAUAUGCAAUACAGGAUUUAAAGUUU